UUGCUAGGAACGCUUCUUCCUCGGAACCUUCGCGCUCUCUCAGGCGGACGGCUUUCCGGACGUACCUCCCGUCCAACAUGGCCGCGCCCAGACCGGCUGUCAAUGUUUACAGAUUCCGAGACGCCCGGGCCGUACCGGAUCCAGUCUUUGAGCCCGUGCUGGACGGAGCGGGCGUGGUGGUGCUGGACAACGGCUCCUUCCAGCUCCGGGCGGGAUGGGCCGGCCUGGGCCCGCAUAUGCAGCUGCGCUCGGUGGUGGCCAGGAGCCGAGGCGGGCCCCGCAGUCUGAGCCGGGUGGGCAAUGACAUCCCAAACCUGGAGCCCCUCCGCUGGCUGCUCCGGACCCCCUUCGACAGGAACCUGUCGGUCAACCUGGAGCUGCAGGAGCUGCUGUGUGAUCACGUGUUCCAGAGGCUGGGGGUGACGUCACAGGAUUGUGUUGACCAUCCCAUUGUGUUAACUGAGGCGCCAUGCAACCCACUUCAUGUCCGGCAGAUGAUGUCCGAGCUUCUCUUUGAAUGCUACCAGGUUCCCAAAGUGUCCUUUGGCAUUGAUGGCCUGUACAGCUUCUACCGCAACAAAAAUGUGUUUCCAACCUCUGGUCUCAUCGUGUCUUCUGGCUACCAUUGUACUCAUAUACUUCCUCUGUUGGAUGGCAGACUGGAUGGCAAAAACUGCAAACGUAUAAAUAUUGGAGGAUUCCAGGGUGUGACCUAUCUCCACCGCCUGAUGCAACUGAAGUAUCCUGGACAUCUGUCUGCUGUCACUCUCAGUCGUAUGGAGGAAAUCCUUCAUGAGCACUGCUACAUUCCAGAUGACUAUAUAGAAGAGCUGAAGAAAUGGCGUUGCCCAGAUUACUAUGAACAGAAUGUGCACAAAAUGCAGCUGCCCUUCUCCUCCAAACUGCUAGGCACUGCGGUCACAUCGGAGGAGAAGCAGGAACGCAGGCAGCAGCAGCUUAAACGCCUGCAGGAGCUCAACGCACGACGGCGAGAGGAGAAACUUCAGCAGGAUCAGGAACGAUUGGAGAGAUUGCUCUGUGUGCAGGAGCUUCUGGAAGAUGGACAUUUGGACCAAUUCCACAAAGCCCUGGUGGAGCUGAAUAUGGACUCUGCAGAGGAGCUGCAAUCGUACAUUCACAAACUUAAUGCAGCUGUUGAGCAGGGCAGACAGCGGGUCCUGGGGGAGACCAUAGACGGCAAACCACAGACGCCAGAACCACUGGGAGGAGAGCAAGAAGACAUGGAAGGGAUUAUGGAAUCGGACCCUCUUUACUCAGAGGAUCAGGUGGAACCUGAGAAAACAGCGCCUAGUGUUCAGGCCAUGUUUAAUAUAGCAGAGUACCACCAGAUGUACCUGGGCACAGAAAGGAUUCGUGUGCCAGAGGUGAUAUUUCAGCCCUCGCUAAUUGGGGAAGAUCAGGCUGGGCUGGCAGAGACCAUGCAGCACAUGCUAGACCAGUAUCCCCAGGAAAUACAGCAGCAGCUGGUGCAGAAUGUCUUUCUGACAGGAGGUAACGUGAUGUACCCCGGAAUCCAGACCCGCAUGGAGAAAGAGCUGCUGAUGAUGAGACCGUUUGGCUCCACGUUUCAGGUCUCGGUGGCUGCAAACCCUGUCCUUGAUGCUUGGCAUGGAGCCUCUGAUUGGGCCCUUCAGAAUUGGGAGGUGGAUGAAGGCUGGAUAACCAGGAAAGAAUACGAGGAGAUGGGGGGAGAGUACUUAAAGGAGCACAUGGCCUCUAACAGUCACAUUGCCAUUCACUUGCCCAAACCGCCGCCUCGUACUGCUGUGGCAUCCAGUAGCCAAGAGAUAGAAAUCGCUCCACAGACGAGCUCGGGCAUUGUUCCACCAUAGAGACAAAUACUGCCGCUGACACACUGAAAGGGGCAGCACAAAGCAUUCUGGGAGCCCUUGCAUCAAUAUAAGGUGUAUAUUGCCAGAAGGUUAGAAUGAUCUACACGUGUCUGUAAAAUAUUACUAUUGACAUUGGAUGUUUCUGAACUAUUUUUUUAUGAAUAUUUUAUUUUUUAUAAUAAACCUAAAAAUUUUAAAUCGUCA